CGUAUAAUGGCGGCCAUUUAGGGUUAUAACAUGGAUGACGGAGUUCAACAACAGUACGGUGGCCAGAUAAAUGCUGGAUCUUCCUCCAGUGUUGGUGGAAGCAGGCAAGGAGAAGAUGUCAACCAGCCAAAAUAUUCUAUGCCAGGAAUUCUACACUUUUUACAACAUGAAUGGGCUCGCUUUGAAAUGGAGCGAUCGCAUUGGGAGGUUGAAAGGGCCGAAUUGCAGGCACGUAUAGCUUUCCUGCAGGGGGAGAGGAAAGGUCAAGAAAAUCUCAAACAAGACUUAGUUCGAAGAAUAAAAAUGUUAGAAUAUGCACUAAAACAAGAAAGGUCAAAAUAUCACAAACUCAAAUUUGGAACAGAAUUAAAUCCAGAGAAUAAACCCCUUUUCGAUGGAGAAGAGGGUGAGGAAGAUCUCAUUCUUCCACAAAAUAGUCAAAUGAACUUCAGGCAAGGAAGGCAGUUACUUAGGCAAUAUUUACAAGAAAUUGGUUAUACAGACACGAUACUAGACGUAAGGUCGUCCAGAGUGAGAUCUUUGUUAGGUUUAAGUAACGAAUCAAAUACAUCUAAUCUGGAUGUUGAAAAUCAAAAUGUAGAACCUAUCGUUAAUGGAGACGGUGGGAAGCCUUCCAGGCAAGGGGAUCAACAAACAACAAAAAGGGGAGUGGACAAAAAAAGGAUAGCUCGGGAGAUAGCUGAAGGUAUAUUAGACAAUGAAACAUCAGUUUUAUCAACGUUUGAUUUUCUGUCGUCAGAGAAUUUGGAAGAUGAUGGGGAAGAAGAUAGUGGGGGGUCAGCAGAUGAUGAAUCUGAAGAAAGAGAGGAAGCCAAUAAAAUGGGUACAAUUAUUAAAAAGAAAAAGCCAACAGUUGGUAAUGAAAGCAUGGCAGGUAUGGAGGAUGUUCUAGCUGCUGAUGCAGAAACAGAAGAAGCUUUAGCAGAAUUUGAUUUCCUUGUACAGGAAGCAGGAGAAGGUGCAGGAGAAGCACACGCGCACACAGAAUGGGCAAUAGAUAAGAAAGGUGAUUUGUCACCAACUGGUGAAGGAUGGGGUAGCGUAGAUCAAAGUGUUAUUAAUAAACUUAAAGAAGAUUACAAGAAAGCAAGGAAAGGCAAAAAAGCUGUGUCGCGUCCAAAAAGGAGUACUUUACAAUCUAUGUUAGCAAAUCUACAAGGUGAAGAGGAUAUGCCUCUUGAUAGUUCUGGCUCACCUCUUCGGAGUGGGAGACGUUCAGAUAUAGAUCUCCCUGAAGAAGGAGACUUAGCUCUUGAGACAGCUCUGCAAGUAGGAUUGGGAGAACUGGCUGGACUAACGGUAACUGAUGAGGCUGAGCCGCUAAGAUGUGAAAUUACCACAGCCAACAAAGAAGCUUUCAGGAAAACGUGGAAUCCAAAGUACACGCUACGGAGUCACUUUGACGGUGUGAGGGCACUCACGUUUCAUCCUGUCGAGCCGGUACUCAUAACAGCCUCUGAAGAUCACACGCUUAAGUUGUGGAAUUUACAGAAAACAGUUCCUGCAAAAAAGAGUGCCUCUCUUGACGUAGAGCCAAUUUACACAUUUAGAGCUCAUUUGUACGGGCCAAAUAUGACAGGUGAUGUCACAAAACCAGGUGUCUUAACAGACACACUUAUAGCACACACGGAUGCUAUAUGGGACCUAGCUUAUGAUGCUACAAGACACCAUUUAUUGUCCUGUUCUGCUGAUAAUACUGUAAGGCUAUGGAGUCCUCAAAGUAAAACCCCACUUCUAAAUACAUAUACAGGGGAAAGGGAUGAUGGUACGCCUACGUCAGUUGACUUUGUACGCUGUGAUCCUAGUCAAAUGGUGACAGGUUAUUCUUCUGCUACUGCCGUACUGUAUGAUCUGGAAACUGCCACGCCUGUACUGAGACUGGAAAGCAUGCAGACAGCAGAAAAUGAAGGUUCUUCACAAAUUAAUAGAGUAGUAAGUCACCCUACCUUGCCAAUUACCAUUGCUGCAUAUGAAGACAGGCAUAUAAGGUUCUUUGAUAAUAAUUCAGGUGAGUACUAAGUCCUAACAAUCACAUGUCAUCUUUACACCUAUAACUCAACACCUUUAAUUCUAACAAUGUUAUUUCCUUUCUCCGCAGGCCAUGAUUGCUCUAUUAGGUUAUGGAAUCUUGAUAGUAAAACAUGUGUACAGGAAAUAACGUCGCAUCGUAAGAAAUUUGAUGAAGCCAUCUACACAGUCGCUUUCCAUCCAUCCAAACCUUACAUAGCAAGCGGGGGUGCCGAUGCCUUGGCAAAAGUCUUUGUAUGAUAACCCCUUUUAAUAUGCUUCUAAGAAGUACAUUUUAUCUUCAAUGAUGGACUCUAUACGUGCAGAGGACUGCAAACAAGAAAGGAUGAGGCAAAACAAGAACUUCCCUGCUCUGUGAAUGCACAAUUGUUUGAGUCCUCAAACUAUUUUGUAUAAUAUGAUAUCUAGCCUGUAUCGUUCUCUGUUCAUGCUUGCCGUCUUUCAACGUCUGUCUCCUAAAUGUAUGUGAAUGAAGCAAUCAAUUUAUAUGUCUGAGUUUUACAUGUUUCUCUCGGGUGAUAAUUGUUACGUAUUUGCUUCUUCUGUUACAUGUAUGUUUCUAUGUCCUGAUUGCCAUCUUCUCCCUUUCUUUAGCCACUUGGUGAUUUGGUAUGUUUGCCCUUCCCCUUCCUAUGACAAAUUAUUCAACGCCCUGUAUAAUAAGCCUGUCACUGUGCAGAUAAAUGCCUAAUACAUAACUUUGGUAUAUAUACAUAUUAUAUAUAUAUGAAUUUCUUUGAAACGUAUUUUGAAAUUUGCGCAAUUUUUUUUUUCAAAAAAAACCUUUCGAUUUGUUGCAUGCCAAAGGAAAAAAGUCAGGCAUUAUAAUUCUUGUUUUAUGUUAAUUGUUAAUGAUUUUCCUGAGCGAGUUGUUGCAAUAGAUGUAUACAAAACAGGGACGCAUUGCUUUACUCUAUUUUACUUGUUUUACAUUCUUAGUCAAAGCUGGUGCUCUAGUGUGAAAUACCAAAUGCUGGAUUUUAAUUAAUAUGCAAACAAAUAGUGUGCUGUCAUUUGCGUACAUUAUGUCCUGCUUUUUGAUCUAGAUGAGUUGAGUUUAAGUGGUUUCCAAAUGCAUUGCCAUGCAAAUGUCAAGUUCUCUCU